AUGCAGAAACAGCCAAGCUUUACCGUAAGAGCACCAAGAGGAUCCAAAGUGACGGCACAAACCAUGACUUCAGAAGCGGACGGUCUCAGUGUUGUCAGUCUCUCCUCCCACCAUGAUGAUGAUAGGCUGACUGACACGAAAUCCAUAACCUCGAAUGGGACGAGCAUCAAUAGAAAAGACGAAUUGAAGAAGCUGCGAAAGGAUCCUUGGAUUCAGUCCCUUCGGUUCCUCUCCCUCUGUGUACUAUUAGUUGUUGCAUACGUCGUGGCGAUGACGGUUUAUGUUAGUCUGAAGGAAUCAGAGCAAGUGGCGUUUGAAACUAAGUUUCAGGAUCAGGCUGCCCAGAUCAGUCAGUCUCUCGCUACCGAACUGACACUCAAACUGCGGGCACUCGAUUCAUUGUCGGUAUCCAUCGCAACUCAUGCAGCUUCAGUUGGGAAUACUUGGCCAAACAUUACUAUGCCAGAGUUUGGCUACAGAUCAGCUAGCACUCUCAAGAUUGGAAAGGCAAUAUCAGUGGGCAUGCACCCAAUCGUGACACGGGAAGAACUUCAGGGGUGGCAAGAAUAUUCAAGCGCAAAUGCUGAAAGUUGGCGACAACAGGGCUUUGACUUUCAAGAAUCCUUUCCAGAGGCAUUACCAGAAGAACGUCGGGACGAAGAGUCUUUGUUUCCGAACCCGAAUGUCGACAACAAUACCAUUCCUCCAGCAUCCGAGUUUGUGUUUGAGAUCACCCCCGAUGGCAAGCCCAUACAAUACGAAAGCAACAUUAUGAUCCCGAUUUGGCAGCACAGUCCUGUGGAUCAUGGGUUACCAUACAUUAACAAGGAUCAAAUUGGAUACAAAGGCAACACUGCAGCUCUAGCGGAAGUUUUUGAAAACAAAACCGCAGUGGUUGGACUCGUCUUUGAGCUAUCCGACACCAUCCAUGGAAACUCAUAUGAACGAUUGAACGCAAGGUACCAAGAUUCAGAAUGGGCCGAUAUUUGGCAAGGAAACCCCAAAGAAACUAGUGACUUUCUUGAGGGCGAGAAUGGAGACACUCGAAGAGGGAUCAACCCGCAGUUGUACGGACCCGCUACCAACAUUUGGUAUCCCAUGUAUGAGCAAGUGGGGCAAACCAAAGUUGGCUUUGAACGAAGUGAUUAUACUGAAGUGGCCAUUCUGAGUUUGACCGUCAAGUGGAGUUCAUUCUUUCUGGAACACAUCCCCCCUGCUACCAAUGGACUUAUUGUCGUCAUGAGGAAUGCAUGUGAUCAAGUAUUCACCUUUGAUCUCACUGGAGAAGAAGUAACUUAUCUCGGACCCGAAGACUUCCACGAAGAGGAAUAUGAAUUCUACCUACAAACUGUCGCACUCACUGGAACUGAAUCCAUUUAUACCGGCACUCCCCUGUCGAGAAACUUUUGUCCUUAUUCGGUCGAUAUUUAUCCAUCGUCAAAAAUGAGAAGCACCUUUUCCAGCAAGAACCCCCAAAGUUUCACCAUCGGCGUGGCCUGCAUCUUCCUCUUUACGAUUGUUGUCUUUGUAUUCUACGAUUUCCUCGUCCAGCGAAGACAGACAUUCUUGGCGGACGCUGCGGACAAGUCGAACGCGAUUGUUUCGGCACUCUUUCCCCAGAUUGUGCGGGAUCGAUUGUUUGACCAUGGCAAAGACCCAAAGGAACAGAAGAAAAACCAAUUCGAGGUGCAACCGGGCCGAGGGUCCGUGACACCCUACGCACACACUAAAAAUUCUCCGCCCAUUGCCGAUUUGUUCCCCAAUACGACUGUCAUGUUUGGGGACAUUUCUGGCUUUACCGCCUGGAGUAGUUCACGCCAGCCGUCAGAGGUUUUUAUCCUCCUGGAGACGUUAUAUGGUGCCUUCGAUAAGGUAGCUAAGGAAUUGGAAGUCUUCAAGGUUGAAACGAUUGGAGACUGCUAUAUGGCGGUGACCGGUUUGCCAAAUCCACAGCACGACCAUCAUUUGCGUAUGGUGAGAUUUGCCCGAUACCUCUUGCAGGAGACCAGUGUAUUGACGCAGGAAUUGGAAGUGACUCUUGGACCGGACACGACCAACCUUGCAUUCCGUGUUGGAAUGCACUCUGGUCCAGUCACUGCUGGAGUGCUGCGUGGAGAAAAAUCGCGCUUCCAGCUUUUCGGAGACACUGUCAACACGGCAUCGAGAAUGGAGUCUACGGGCAAACCAAACAUGGUUCAAGUUUCGCAAUCAACAGCAGAUCUAAUCAUCGCUUCUGGCAAAGGUCACUGGAUGAAAAAACGAGAACAUCGCGUUCAAGCCAAAGGCAAAGGGGAGGUCCAAACGUACUGGAUCAAGACCAAGGUUUCUUCUUCUUCCAAUGGAAGGUCUUCCACCUUUUCAGAAGGAGAAACUGCAUCGAAUGCUGGAUCGAAUGAAAAAAGCAUGGGGCAGAUGUUCUAUGGCAACGGAUCCCAGGACGGUAGCCAUGACCUUGCUGGCAGUGACAGUAGCGACGACGAAGAUGAAAAGAAGCAGGACCUUGAGGCCUCCUUCAAGCGUCUUGGCAUUCGCAAGUCACUCAUUGACUGGCAAGUGGAUGUUCUUUCGCGUCUCUUGAAACAGAUUGUCUUUCAUCGCAAAAACGUGAGCCAAGCGUCACAGGCAAGUUUGGACGUUUCCUCUGAAGAAAGCACCACCAAACCACGAGAUUCCAUUGCCGAAUGCAUUCGAAUGCCCGAUUAUGGUGCCUAUAACACGACGGAAUCGAACGGAGUGGACGGUUUGGAGCUACCCGACAAGGUGCUGAAACAGUUGGAAGAUUUGGUGACCUCCAUUGCGCAACUAUACCGGAGCAAUGCCUUUCACAAUUUUGAGCAUGCCUGUCACGUGACCAUGAGCGCCAACAAGCUUUUGAAACGAAUUGUGUCGCCCGAUCGCACGGUGGACGAUUUUGAUGCUUCCAUUCGGUCGAACCAUGGUACCACCUUUGGAUUGGCCUCGGACCCCUUGACUCAAUUUGCCAUUGUCUUUUCGGCCAUUAUUCAUGACGUGGACCACGCGGGUGUGAGUAAUGCGCAACUGGGCAAGGAAAAUAGCCGGAUUGCCACCAUGUACAACAACCAAAGUUUGGCCGAACAAAACUCGAUUGAAUUGACCUUUGCUGUUUUGACGUCGGGAACCUAUUCGGAUUUGAUGGGUUGCAUCUGCGCGAAUCAAGAAGAAUACCAACGAUUCCGGCAAUUGGUGAUCAAUUGUGUCAUGGCCACGGAUAUUUUCGAUAAGGAGCUAAAAGAAUUCCGCAACAAUCGAUGGGUCAAGGCCUUCAGUGAUACCACCGAGUCAGCAGCGAAUUUGAAGGCUACGAUCGUGAUUGAGCACAUCCUCCAAGCUGCAGAUGUUGCUCACACGAUGCAACAUUGGCGUGUCUACAAACGAUGGAACGAGAUGUUGUUUCAAGAAAUGUGCACUGCUCAUGCGGAAGGCCGUGGGCUGGAAAAGGAUCCAUCGGAAGGAUGGUAUCAAGGGGAACUAUGGUUCUUUGACAACUACGUGAUUCCGCUCGCCAAGAAAUUGGACGACUGCGGAGUCUUUGGUGUCUCGAGUGACGAGUGCCUGAAUUACGCGAUGGAAAAUCGCAAGGAAUGGGAAGAAAAGGGCAAGUCGAUUGUCGAAGAGAUGAAGGCAAAUUUCCGCCAAAAACAUGUUCAGUGGGAUGAUGAAAAUGAGGAAAGCGAGGGGGAUGCAUUUUGUAGUUGA